AUAAUUAUCAAUCAAAUUAGUCAUUGUUCAAUAUGGCAGAUGUACCUAGUGAUGUACCGCAACAGUGUCCUGGUACUACAAGUAAAGAAGCAGGAAAGACAUCUAUAUGUACUGGUUGUCCAAAUCAAAUGAUAUGCGCAUCUGGUAUUAGUAGACAACCAGAUCCAAAUAUAGGACUCAUUAAAAAAAGACUUUCAACAGUUAAAAACAAACUAUUAGUAUUAUCUGGUAAAGGAGGUGUUGGUAAAAGUACUAUAACAUCAUUGUUAUCCAGAUCCUUGGCAGCAAGUAAUCCUGAUAUAAACGUUGCAGUAUUGGAUAUUGAUAUUUGUGGACCAUCUCAACCAAGAGUAUUAGGUGUAACAGGAGAACAAGUACAUCAAAGUGGAUCAGGAUGGUCCCCAGUAUAUGUAGAAGACAAUUUAUCACUAAUGUCCAUUGGAUUUUUACUUGAUAAUCCAAGCGAUGCUGUUAUAUGGAGGGGGCCUAAGAAAAAUGGAAUGAUUAGACAAUUUUUAUCAGAAGUAGAUUGGGGAACAUUGGAUUAUCUUAUUUUGGAUACACCCCCUGGUACAUCAGAUGAACAUUUAUCAGCAACCUCAUAUCUUAAAGAUACCGGUAUCACAGGAGCGAUAAUAGUAACAACUCCACAGCAGGUUGCUUUAUUAGAUGUAAGGAAAGAAAUUAAUUUUUGCAGAAAAGUAAAUAUACCAAUUCUAGGGAUUAUUGAAAAUAUGAAUAUCUUUAUGUGCCCUAAAUGUAAGAAUUGUACGGAAAUAUUUCCAGCACUAACAGGUGGUGGUUAUGCAAUGGCUAAGGAAUUGAGCAUAGAAUUUUUAGGUUCUCUACCUUUAGAUCCAUUUUUAGCUAGAUGUUGUGAUGAGGGUAAAAACUUUCUGACGGAGCUCCCAGAAUCACCAACUAUUUUCAUAUUAAAAACUAUUGUUCAAAAAAUCAUCGAACAAUGUGAGAAAGCAAAAAACGGCAGUGAAAUUGAUAUAACUUGAAAAGGGAAGG